AGUCCCCAGUAGCAGUGAGCUUCGAAUCCGAGUUCCGGCAGGGGUGGCCGUAUCCGAAAAACCGGAAGUCCGAUCGAUAUGACCGCAAGAAUCGUAAGGUUAUGUGACGAACUUCACGUGUGAUUUUGUGUCAUGAAGAAGCUCCGGUUCUCGGGCAAAGUUUGGAUGAUUGACCGCAAGAAUUCAAUAUGUGAAAAACAAUACAGCCCCUUCAAAUAGCCGAAAACAGCAACAAAUUCCUGCGUAAACCGAACAAGAGCGAUCAAUAUGGAAGAACUGAGUGCGAAGGUAGCACAAACCGCAGCAAAAACCGGUAGAAGGUUAUUAAUAUUCAGUUAUUUCAAAGACCCAUCUUUGGAAUGCCUAUACGAAAACUUCAGUCUAAGACAAAAACGUGCGGGUUUAGAAAGUUUUAUUAUUGGAUCCAUUCUGAGCGGUCUAAAUGUGCUAUCCGUCAUUGCCGAUGAAGAUAUCAUCGAAGUAUCAGCAUUAGUAGGACUGCUACUGCUCCAUUUCUUCCUGCUGGUGCUAUGUAGAAAGGGCUAUAAUAAUGGUGUUUUUUGGGGACUUAUACCGCAUAUCUGUUGGCAUCUUGCCAACGCUCAGUUCUACUUCUUCUCGAGGCACAGUUUGGAAUGGGUUCUGAUACUCAACUUCCUGAUCUACAUCACCUUACCUCUCAGGCUGAGGUACUGCGUCAUGUUCAGCAUUGGCACCAGUGCUUCCUAUGGUAUCAUACUGUAUGGGUCUACAGGGAUUAAUUACAACACGUUUGAACAGUACACUUCGAAUUUCCUUCUGGUUCUCACGGCUAUAAUUCUCGGAUUAACUUGGUACGUGAUUGAAGACAAGCAAAAACGAGCAGCUUUUCUAGAGACCCGUCAGUCUUUGGAGGUUAAGCUUGUAAUCGAGGAGCAGAGUGCCGAACAGGAACAACUCCUGCUCUCUGUGUUACCUGAACACGUUGCAGUACAAAUGCGGCAGGAUUUGGAUCGUGCUGAUAGCCAGUUCAAGAAGAUCUAUAUGAGCCGACAUGAGAAUGUGAGCAUCCUAUACGCAGACAUCGUUGGAUUCACCGCUAUCUCUUCGACUUAUUCAGCACAGGAGCUUGUGAAAAUGUUGAACGAGCUCUUUGCGAGAUUCGACAAACUCGCAGAGAAAUAUCAACAAUUGAGGAUCAAAAUUUUGGGUGAUUGCUACUACUGCAUCAGUGGAGCACCAAGAGAACGUCCAGAUCAUGCUGUUAUGUGUGUUCAUAUGGGACUUUCGAUGGUCAAGGCAAUAAAAUACGUCCAGCAAACAGCCAACUCCCCUGUGGACAUGAGGGUGGGCAUACACACCGGCGCCGUCCUAGCUGGUGUAUUGGGCCAGAGGCAGUGGCAGUUCGACGUCUACUCCAAAGACGUGGAAUUGGCCAACAAAAUGGAAAGCAGCGGUAUGGCUGGGCGAGUUCAUAUUUCCGCAACAACUCUGUCAUUUCUGAACGGGGAAUUCGAAGUGGAAGCGGGGUAUGGAGAGAAGAGGGAGGAAGCACUACGAAUAGCGGGCCUCAAAACAUAUUUCAUCGUUAAAGUACUGAAACCGUUCCAAGCACCAACUACGGACGUGCAGAAUGGUAAAACCGUAAUACCUGACGAGGACAGUUGUGUCAUUUCCGAAGUCUCCUCGAAAAAGAAAGAGGAUAAAAUGAAAGGAGACUCAGAUGUGGAAACAGAGGAGAACAACACGAACAGACAAAGGCAAAACUCAGCUGAUAUAAAAGAAAGACUGAAAAAAGAACUGGUUACACGUGAUGGACACAGGGAACUAGUGAAGAACACGAAUCCUACUACUUUGAUAUUCACUGAUCCCCAUAAGGAAAAAGCGUAUCUCCACAUGGUUGGAUCGCCUCCAAGAACGAUAUUUUGUUUAUUUCUAUUUAUCAAAGUAACAAUAAUAGUUUCAAUGAUGCUGGUGCUGCCGAGAUUCGUUUUUCUCAAUGCCAUAUUUCCGUCGGAGAAUAUACUAUACCUUAUACUAAUAGUCCUAUGUUUGGGAGAAGAAUGUGAAUAUCUGAGAUGCUGCACGUUCAUUUUCAAGCAAUCCAUCUUCAAGAAAAAAAUUUUAACCACACUUAUUAUUCUACUACUAGGAAUAUUCAACAUUACUGACUCGCUCUUCUGUUACAAUACAGAAGUAGAAUACCCCAAUUGUACCUACACAGAAGAAGUAGAUCACUACUGCCUUUAUCCAUCUUACUUCAGCUACUACACUGUUCUGGUUCUUAUUGGGAUGUCUCUACCUGCCUGUCUAUCAUAUAUAGCGAAAAUACUCUUCAUGUUGAUCACAGCUCUUGUCCAAACUCUAAUCAAUCUGUAUAUUCUUGGGGAACAAUUGGAUUGUGAAUUCGACAUGAGAGACUGGAAUAAUCCGAUAGAGGGAAAAUAUACCAUAUCAACAUACCUAUUAAUUAUAGGUAUAACGUUAACAGUCUUGGUGAAACACAUGGAGCAGGUUGCCAGGGUUUUAUUUUUAUGGAGGUUGGAAGUGGAAGAGGAGAGUACAUGUGCCGAAGACAUGAGGAGGAGGAACGAAGCCUUGGUUUACAAUAUUCUGCCGCCACAUGUGGCAGCUCAUUUCCUGGGUAAUAAAAAGAGACAGCACGAUGAACUCUAUUCACAGAGCUACAGCGAGGUGGGAGUUUUGUUUGCAUCCAUGCCAAACUUUUCAGAUUUUUAUUCCGAAGAAACAGUAAAUAAUCAAGGAUUAGAAUGUCUCCGCUUUCUCAACGAAGUCAUAUCAGAUUUUGAUGCGCUACUAGAGCUUCCUCAGUUCCAAGAUGUAAUCAAGAUCAAGACAAUUGGCUCAACCUAUAUGGCAGCAAGUGGCCUAAAUCCCUCCAAGAAAGUAAAGCUUGAUGAUCCAGUCACGGUCCGUUGGGCGCAUCUGGCCCUUCUAGUUGAUUUCGCGUUGGAGCUCAAGAAGGCUUUGCAGAGCAUCAACGAGCAGAGUUUCAAUCAUUUCGUGCUCAAACUUGGCAUAAAUCAUGGUCCUAUCACAGCUGGAGUUAUAGGAGCUCGAAAACCCCACUACGACAUUUGGGGAAACACAGUUAAUGUAGCUUCCAGAAUGGAGAGUACAGGAAAAGCUGGAUGUAUACAGGUCACCGAAGAAACCUGUGACAUCCUGAAAUGUUUCGGUUAUCAGUUUGAACAGCGCGGACUGGUGGCAGUAAAAGGGAAAGGACAACUGAUGACCUAUUACCUGCUAGGAAAAGCCGGAAAAAUCACCCCACCGACAGCACCUGUCUCCCCAAUUAUGGGUGUUGGCACUAUGGAAACCCUAAAUGAAGAGGACGAGUCUCACGACACAUCCAAAUCGGAAGAGAAGACAGUUAUCGAAUGCAACGGCCUAGACACAGAAUCGAACGAGAACAUAGAUCAGAAAGAUUCGGAAGAUGCCCAACUUUUACAAGAAAGCGAUUCUUAAAAUUGAAUUGAGCUUCCUCUAACCUAAGAAAUAGGAGGAGAGGCUCAGAUGUUCGGAUGUAAGAGCCCGUGGACGUCAUAGUAUAAAAGCUGAAAGUUUCUUUAUGCAAUGUUCUCAAUAGGCUCAAGUAGUAACGGACACUGAAAAAUUUCGGAGCUCUAGCAAGUACAUAACUGGUGUCAGAGUUGCAUGGAAUUGAAACCCAAUUACAAAAUAUGUAUAAAUGAUUUACGAACGUUACAGCAAACAAACUUUUCUUAAAUUCUGAUUGCUGAUUCCAUAUUUAUAUUGUAUAUAGUAUCAUUGAAAAGUGAUGAUCAGUAAUGUCUGACAAAUUUUGUGGGUAAUAACUCCUAUUCA